UUUCCACCAUCAAAUCCUCACGACAACAAAGAAAUUAUAAAUAUUUUCUACUGCUUUUCUGUUCAUAUCAAAUCCCAAUUGAAAAUGGCAGCCAGCUACUCCAUCAAUACGAUCUUGAUAUCUAUAUUUUUGGUGAACGGUUUUGCUUCUGCAGCAAGAAUAUUGGAAAAUCAAGAUCCUAUGCUUUUCAAAUACCACAAAGGCCCACUUCUUACUGGCAAGAUCACCGUUAAUCUCAUCUGGUAUGGAAAUUUCAAGACAUCCCAGAAAGCCAUAAUAUCUGAUUUCAUAUCCUCAUUAUCAUCUUCAAAAUCUGAGGGUAAACCUUCUGUUUCUAAAUGGUGGAGAGCUACAGAGAAGUACUAUCAACUGAUCAAAUCCAAGAAAUCAUCUUCCCUACAACUGGUAUUAGGCAAUCAAAUCUCUGACGAGAAAUGCUCAUUAGGUAAAUCACUCACAAUGCAGCAAGUACAACAAUUGGCAGCAAAGGGUGAUCAAACGAACGCCAUUAAUGUAGUCUUGACUUCAGCCGACGUCGCAGUUGAAGGUUUCUGUUCCAGUAGAUGCGGAACCCAUGGUUCUGUAGCUUCCAAGACUGCCCUCGUGAAAGGAAAAAAUCACAGCAAGUUUGCCUACAUCUGGGUUGGUAACUCGGAGACCCAGUGCCCGGGUCAAUGUGCCUGGCCAUUCCACCAGCCCAUUUACGGCCCACAGAGCCCACCAUUAGUUGCACCCAACAAUGAUGUGGGCUUGGACGGCAUGGUUAUCAACUUGGCUAGCCUUUUAGCUGGGACUGCCACCAACCCAUUCGGAAAUGGGUACUACCAGGGCCCAUCUGAUGCACCAUUGGAGGCUGCCUCGGCCUGCCCCGGGGUCUACGCUAAAGGUGCCUACCCGGGCUAUGCCGGGGACUUGCUAGUGGACCCUACAACCGGUGCUAGCUACAAUGCGAAUGGUGUCCAUGGAAGAAAAUAUUUGGUUCCAGGUCUAUAUGAUCCUACCACUAAAUCAUGUUCAACUUUGAUAUAGAAAAUAUUGUAAUGUGAUUUUAGGUUCUAUUUCUUACACCGGCAUGGUGUCAGGUACAAUGUAAACCUAUACUACAUAUAGAGAUUCUAUUCAUUUUUUUUUAAUUUAAAUAAUAUUUUGUCCUCA